CCUCCUCAGUGCAUCACAUCAAAUUCGUCAUUCCUCGCGAGUGGUGUCGCUCGGAUUGUCGCAAAUCAGUUUGUGCGUAAGAGCGUAAGCAACGCGUAAUUAUCAAAGCAAAGUAAAAAAGCCACAAAGAGUUAAAAAGCGGUAACAUCCAAGGAUAUCCAAUAAUCCGCGUUCUUCCGUGUGAGAACGAGUGUUCGUGAGAAAGUUUGGCGAGCCGUAAUAAGCGGCUAUUUCACGUGUAUUACGAGUUAUGUGACGUUUUUCCCCUCUCGCUUCCCUCGGCGGUUCGAUAAAACAAAAGGAAAGAAAAAUGCAAUAUAAACUCAAUAUCGUGUAUUUGUUGCUGACAUUGCUAAUAAUUGGCAAGUCGUCAGCAAGGAUUCACAAGCUUGAGAUAAGGAAUGAUAUGAGACGUUACAUUGCCUUGACGACCUUUGGAUUCUACAAAGGAGGAAUUCUCAAUGUAAACCUGACAAAUUUCAAAGCUGAUCCGUUAGAUGAAAAUGCAUUGUUCGGAUUCAGCCUUGACAGGACUUUAAGUGAUGCCAUGAAUCCUUAUCUGGACAGCCAUCAAGAAAAAUGUCUCCUCCAAGGUGUUGCAAGCCUUAAGUCUGAAUUGGAACCCAAAGAUGAUGGUUCCGUCAUUUAUUUCAUCAUGGACUUGAAGAACUUAACAUUACGCGUCCAUUGCAGUCAAAAUGUUCGUUCCGUUCACAUUUACAAGGAUUCUGUUGACUUGUCGCUCCUCCGUCAGAAAAGGGGUUUCGCAUCAACAAGGUUCAGCGACACUGCUCUUUUCCCACGUAAAAGGCGAGAUGUCGCACCUCAUGAAGCUGCUCCAGUCACAGACGUCGACGAUGAAAAAGCAAAGGCCGAUGGCGGCUCAUGCUCGCGUUACAAGCUGCCCAUGACCGUGGAAACGAUCAAAGGCCAAAAAUAUUAUAACGCAAGUUUUUCCAUGAAGGUUACGAACGACGAGGAAGAAGGCUUGUAUAAUUUGUAUUUUCACAGCUGUCCGAAUUAUCGAUGGGAAACACCAGUCGCCAUUGAUUUUACGAUGCAAAUCGCUGAGGAGAAUAAAGGCAACUUUUUGAGUGCCGGAGAAAUGCCACUGCCAGCGUUGUAUUUCAUGAUGGCACUACUGUUCUUUCUCUCCGGGUGUUUCUGGGUAUUUAUACUGAAGAAUAGCAAGCAUCCGGUCUUCAAAAUUCAUUUUUUGAUGGCGGUUCUCGUCUUUCUAAAGUCACUGUCGUUACUGUUUCACGGGAUAAACUAUCACUUCAUACAGACGAAGGGCGAGCACGUUGCCGCAUGGGCAAUUCUGUACUACAUAACACAUCUUUUGAAGGGAGCCGUGCUAUUUAUAACAAUCGUUCUCGUUGGCACUGGAUGGGACUUUAUCAAGCACAUACUUGCUGAUAAAGACAAGAAGUUGUUUAUGAUUGUCAUACCAUUACAGGUUUUAGCUAAUGUCGCAGAGAUAAUAAUUGAAGAGAGCGAGGAAGGCGACAUUGAGCACAAAACCUGGCGGGACGUAUUUAUUCUUGUCGAUCUUUUGUGCUGUGGUGCCAUAUUGUUUCCUGUUGUCUGGAGCAUUCGACAUCUGCAAGAAUCUGCUCACACCGAUGGCAAAGCUGCUGUCAAUUUACAAAAGCUCAAACUCUUUAGGCAUUUUUACAUUAUGAUUGUUUGUUACAUAUAUUUCACGAGGAUCAUCGUAUACCUGCUCAAGAUGACCGUACCAUUCCAAUACGAGUGGCUGGAUGAAAUGUUCCGUGAAAUGGCCACAUAUGUAUUUUUCGUAUUAACUGGUUACAAAUUUCGUCCAGCCUCGGCAAACCCUUACUUCACAGUCACGAAUGAGGACGAACUUGGCCGAGGCGAUGACGACGACGACAUGGACAUUGUUUGUUUUUCCAGAGUGUCGGGGAGCAGUGGAUUGACGGAACAUUUGGGAAAGACGAAAGUAACGAAGAUCGUGAGGCCAACAACAACGGAAUUAAUAGUGAACGAAGAGGAACGUGACAGCUUAAUAGGAAAGCGUGAAUCGUCGCACGAGUACGAUUGAGAGAAUCGCCGAAAACUCGACGAGAAGCGAUAAGAAUUUGUUUGUAACAAUCUUCUCGAUUCCUAAUUGAGAAUGAGUGAUUGUUGAGAUUGGAAAAACGAUUUGAGGGAAAAAAAGACGAAAAGAAAUGCCGAACGGACCGAAAAAACGGGCAGGAAAUUCAAACUGGAAAAUCAGGAUUACUCGCUUCUCACUUAAAAUCUCGCCUUUACCGCGAGGUAAAAAAAUCCAGAAGACUGCUUCUCUCACCGUCGCUUUCACUUCCGGUUUGCUUAUUCCUCGAUUUUUCUCUAGAGAAAAAGAAUCUCCAGCCAUCGAUGACUUUGGGUUAAUCGAAUGUCUAUCGGUCGGUUGAGACUUCUUUUUCAUCAGUUUUAUCGAAAAAUCGAUUUGACUGUCGAUCAGUCGACGAUGAGUUGUUGAUCGAACAUUUCUUUUUUCACUUGAACUAUUAAUUUUUUAUAAAACCGAUUCAAUUAAAAAUUUUUUGAUCGACUUCAAAGAACGUAGUGAUAUUUUUUCUUUCGUACGACCAAUAGUAUUAUUAUUGUAAAAAAAACACAAUCGAAAUGUUCGUAUUUGUAAAUUUCAUCAAUGAAACAACUAAAUCCACGAGAAACCUCAUCGUGAUCUUUUUUUUAUUAUUUUCAAUUCAUUUUGUCAUCCGUUUUUUGUUCUCGAACGUCGAAUUUCUAGCGACGUCCUCAAAUUUGAGUAGGCUUCCGUAGGCAUUUAGUACAAUUUCAUAAGUUCGUUUCAUCCACUUCCCUCAACCCUCGAGAAAUCCAUUUCGUACGAUCGAUUCUAUCUACAAAAGUUCGAUUUUUCAUUCCAAUCUUUCUGAACGUCAGGCUUUGCAUGUAAACCUCAACAAGUAUAAUUUUUGAAACUAUUUCUCUCCGCUCCAAUAAACCGAUAUUUUCGAAACAUUUUUACUAUUUUUCUAUUCGAAUAUUUUACGUCAACACAAUAGUGUUGAUUUCUCAUAAUAAAUUUUCCAAUGUAUUUGAAACGCCCGUAACUGCUUGAAAAAAAGUGGGCGAACAAUGAAGCGAACUAGAGUUCGUAUAAGCAGGGGAGUGUCUAUUUUUAUAUAACAGUGGCGAAACUAACGGUGCAUAAUCGUAAUGAAUUGAUCAACAUGCAUGAAAAGUGAAGAUUUUAGAGGGGAAUAAUCUUCAAAAGUUGGUGAAUUCAUAACUUUCCUAAAUUUUCUCUUACAAAAUUGAAAAAAAAAAAAAAAAAAAAAACAUUCCAAAAUUCUUAGAGUUCGUUUCAGGGGAGCGGCGAAAAAAUUCCAAAAAUUAUACCUCUCCAGUGUUUUCGUACAGAACCCCGUAGAAAUCGAAUCGAGCUUUUUUGUUCGCUGUUACGAAUGAAAGCUACGAAAUUUGUGAGCACGAAGAAAAGGGAAAACUUAUUUUUUGUGAUAAUUCUAGAAAGUAAAAAGGAACAAAAUGAUAAUGGAGCGAUUUUCGUUUGUUUCCACACUUUUUAUUCACCAUUGAAAAUUCUUCCUAAAUUUUCUUCUCAUAAAUAAGUUCUCUGACAAUCGAAAUAACGACAAAAAAAAACAAAAUAAAACUGAAAAGAUCUUUCGUUACUUUCCUGCAGUUCAUGAGCUCCGAACAGUUUUCGAAGCAAUUGAGAGAAAAAUUACGAACGUAACUCGAUCCUACAAUGUGUAUGAAAUACAUUUUUUUAAGGAGAAGAUUCCCGGAGCGUUUUGCCCCGAAAAUUCGUCAAUACGAUUGAGAAUUGUCGUUUUUCAUGUUUUUUUUUCGUGCAACGAAUGUGAUGAAUAUCCGAAUUGUAUUCGCGGUACCAAUUAGACGAGUAAAUGAACCAUCAAAAGGGAAUUUAAAAAAAUUGAAAAAAUCAUGACAUGACGGACUAAAAGCAUUAGAAAAUAGAUUCGAAAAAAACUCACAAGCAAACAAAUGGCACAAUGCCGAGAAAAUAAACGUGUCGAUAAUCGUUCAAUGGUAAAUGUGUAUAAAAUAUACUAAACGUAUUUACGUCAUACUUACUAAAAAAAAUAUUUAAAAAUAAAAGAAAAUGGAAAAAAAAGAGAGAGAAAAAAGAAAAACAGAAAAUGGUGUGAGGAAAGCUAAAAAACUAAGUUAAUGAAAAUGAUGUGAGAAAUGAUAGAAACGAAAUUUAUUCAAUUUACAAUCCCAUUAUUGUUCAUAUGUCAUAAUGAUUGUCAUACAUUGUUGGUAUAACGUUAUUAUUAAUGUAAGUGUAAAACAACACGUCGCAGAUUUUAUUCUGCUCCACAAUACUGAAGAGAAUAUUUACCUUUUAGAGAUCUGUAGACCCCGGAGCGAUGAACGAAGUGUAAGAAAAUAAAGAUAGUGCAUAUUUUUAUGAAAAAAAAAGAAACAAAUAUAAAUACGAAAAACCUCA